GUCGACCCGAAGCUCGAUCAAGUCUACACAUAUAACGCAACUCUUAGUCGGCAAGCUCAGCCAACCGCUGAUUCCUCUCUGGCGACAUCAGGCAGAUCGUUUCAGGUGUAAGAAGUUCUUACAUGAUGUCGACGCAGCGAAUCCUCGUCAGCUUGAUAUUCUUAGCUCUCGGCACUUGCGCCACGGCUCAACGAGUCUGGAAACCUCAAAUCGAAUACUCUGGAACGACGUUCUUUGAUGGGUGGAGCUUUUUCACAGAUCCUGACCCUUCCAACGGGUUAGUCAGGUAUAGAGACGGGGAUACUGCUUUCGCGAAAGGACUGGCUUUCUGGACCCAAGACGGGACGCCCGGGAUUCAGGCGGAUGGGUGGACCACCCUUAAUCCGGGGGAACUCAGGGAUUCGAUCAGGUUACACUCAAAGGCCCUGUUCAACGGUGGUCUCUUCAUAGCCGACUUCGCUCUUAUGCCAUGGGGUUGUGGGAUUUGGCCGUCUUUUUGGACUCUAGGAUACGGAGCUGUAUGGCCCACUUUGGGGGAGAUUGAUAUUGUCGAGGGUGUACAAGAUCGGACCAACAAUCAAGCGACAAUCCACUCGACACCGGGAUGUUUCACAAAUACCGCACCGGGGAUGUACAGUGGGAUCACCGGAAACGUGGACUGCGAUUCCACCAACGGCAAAACCGGCUGUGGAAUUCUUUCCACUUCGAAUGUGACAUACGGCGAGCCAUUCAAUCUGAACGGAGGAGGAGUGUUCGCCAUGAUUUGGGACGAGCGAGGAAUCAGAAUGUGGGAAUUUGACCGGAGGAAUAUACCUGCAGACAUCUCGAACAACGCGCCUACUCCAGGGUCAUGGGGCAUGCCCAUGGCUGCGUACGACGUCUCGACGUGUGAUAUCAACAAGUACUUUAAGGAUAACCAACUCGUUCUGACCGUCAACCUUUGUGGCGAUUGGGCAGGCGGAACUUACAGCCAGACCGCUCAUUGUCCGGGAACGUGCGCCGAACAGGUCGCUAACCCGGCCAAUCUCAAGAACACCAUCUUCUUGAUUAAUUCGAUCAAGGUCUACCAACUCGCGGGACCCGAUGAGAUCCCACCGCCGGUCGCCAACAUACGCGACGCUUCCAAGAAUGCCCAGGGGAUGGGCGGGGGUAGGGUUAGCAGCAACGAGACGUCGGUGGGACAAGCGAGCGCUGUGGACAAGGGUCGAGGUGGUGGUCGCGGAGGUGCUGGCGGUGGUGGUGGGGGAAGCAAUAACGCGAUGGCCGUAAACACACCUUGCAACGGUUUACUUUUGGCAGGCGUGGUCUGUCUAGUGACGGUUUUCUGCACUUAGAGCUGAUUCUGCGUCAAGUUUCGGCAUUCUUCGAGAAGAUGAAGGGUUCACAGAGCUAGCGAGAGGGAAUAUCCGGGUGUUCUGACUAUACAUACGGCCUGUCGGCAAUGAUACAUUUCGCACCAAGGCGCAAACAUGAUAAUGACAGUACCCUUGAAUGCCUAUUCCCCCUCUUAUUGCAAGGAACCGACCCUUAUCGUUUAUUCCUUAUCGCUUCGUCUUCUUCUUGCUUCUUCCCUUCUUCCCCCUAGAAGAUCCACCUAUUGCGCUCUCGUCGGCGGGCUUG